AUACAAGUUCUCAGUUUUCUGUAGACAAGUUUAGUUUUUAACGCGCUUUUAAAAUCCAAUUCUUCAACGCUCAGCUGUCGGGUUUAUCCUGUUUAGAUGUGCAGCAACGCCAGGCCGAUCCAUCUAUCUUGAAGCAUGUUUGUAAUCAGUCACGUUUUAAUGCGGCGAUCUGUCGAAAAAAGCGUUCAGAUAUUGUAUUCGUCACAGGAAGUGUGCAGAAUAUGCGAUGAAAAUUAUGAAUUAUGUGGUGUUGGUCUACAUCGCAGUUCUGCAAUGUUCCCAAUACAACUUUGUAACUUAUUGUCUUUUUACUUUGUUUUUGCCAAAUCAAGUUCACUUUGCCAUUAUCCAAAAGGCUUUUGAAUUUAUCAAUCAAACAGUUUUUCAUUUUCAUUUCGGUUGUCGAAGCAGGGACUUUUUUUUUAUUGUCGGCGACGCACUGGACGCUAUUACAACCACUGCAGAUGACCACACGAGUCACUAAAGUAUGCGGAAAACACAUCAAUAAGAAGAAGGAGUAUGUUUACCGCCAUUACGGUGAGGUGUUACAAUCGAAGGUAACCCUUUUUGUGAACUCAGUUAAUAAUCUUGAUGCCUGAUUGGGUUGGUACCUAGAACGUAGAGGACGGCGGCGACCAAACGCAACUUCUAUUAUACGUUGGUAGAGCUCUCGUUUGGCGCAGUGAUAUCAGCUAGGAUCGAAAACAUUCAAUUCGCUGCGGAAUGCCAAAACAAUUUCAAUCUCACAUCUCAUGGAGUCUCACAUAAAGUUGAACGAGAGCGCCACAGCCGAAAACAAGCGAAGCGAAAUGAGCAACAGUUGCCCACGACACAAUUUGACUUAGAGAGGUUGUCCAAACUCUGAAAUAGCUUAUAGCCGCGGCUAGUGCCCUCAACACCAUCAACAAUCAGUUGUAAUAACGCGUUCAAACGAUUAAGAUCGGUACGGAACGGUGAGUCUUAAAGAAAGUUAACCUAAGUGUACCCACUUCUGCAUCGAAGUUUUAUUAAAAGAAAGCAAAAUCAUUAAAAAUGGUGGAAACAGUAGUUACCGUUGAACGCACCACUACCUCACAAACAACUGCACCCAGCGGUGGCGGUGGCCUGAGCGCACUGAAAAUCAAUAUCGAAUACUUUACGACAGUGCCCGGCAUAUUGAAACUUGUACAAUUCAUUCUUGGCAUUAUUUGUAUGGCCUGUGCUUCACCCGCUUAUUUGUCGGCUACUUCAUUCUUCCUCUUUGUGGUUGUGAUUUCGUUUAUUGCGACAAUUUUAUGGAUUUUCGCCUAUUUUUUGGGUAUACGUGAAGCACUGAAUGUGGCUGUCAACUGGAUAUUCACAGAAUUGAUCAACACCGCGAUAUGCGCCCUGCUGUACUUCAUCGCGUUCGUUGUGCAAUUGGCCAAAUGGUCCAGCUAUCCGAGUAGCCAUGCGUAUGGUUCCAAUAUUGCGGCCGGCGUUUUCGGUGUAUUCAACUUUUUGGCCUACGCCGCUGGUACAUAUUUCCUGUAUUUGUCGCACAAGGGCGCUGUUGCCUAUUAAACAGACGAAGCGCGAAUGAACAAAAUUAAGAAGAAAAGCAAUUAGCAAAUUCAACAGCAACAGCAACAUGUAGCUCACCUCAAACCAGAACUUAUGCAUACCACCAAAAGCACUGAGCACAACAACACA